GCUCCGGAAAGACUACAAAGCCCGGCAUGCCCCAUGGGCCUCCUGACCUUUAACCCCUCCUGCGGCCGCCCCUCCGAGAGAGGCAAAAACCAUGAUAAUUAUGGGAACAUCUUUAUAAUUAGCGUAAUAAUUGUGGGGAGAGAGAGAAAUAAAUAAAAUAUUUACAAACAGCCCCGGCGGGGCCUGAGCGCGGCUCCCAGCGGGAGGUCAAAGGUCAGGCGGGUGUUGGCGGGAGAUAGCGGCUUCGUUCCCCAGUCCUUGGCUCCUGCCUGAGCAUCACAGGUGUACGUGGUACUUCGCUGAUCCAUACAAGAAGACAAAAUUCCUGUCCUCCUCCAGACCUACUUCUUCCAUGAAACCUACUAACCAUCUAACUGGAGACAAAUUGAGGGGCAGUCAGAUGCUGAUGGACCGUAUGGACUGAGAGAGUAUUUCCGGGAAACCCAGAGGACGCUUCAAGCAGGCAGCAGGGGGUUUCUGAAGAAUCAGAAAUGGCUCCAGUUAAAAUCAACCAUGUGGUGUCCUUCACCUCUCAGGACCCCAGGUAUCCAGUGGAGAAUCUGCUGCGCGACGAUGGCAUUCACCCUUGGCUGAGCAGUCCCCAGGAUCGGAGCAGGCAGCUGAAAGUGGAGCUGCAGCUGGAACGGGCUAGUUCUAUUGGCUACAUAGACAUAGGGAACUGUGGCUGUGCCUUCGUCCAGGUGGAUGUGGGGCGCUCCUUCUGGCCACUGGAGCAGCCCUAUGUUACCGUGGUGCCCAGCACUACACUAAUGACGCCAGCUGACUCGAAGCUGGACAGGAACCGCUCCGGGGUCCGGAUGUUUAAAGAAGGGGAUUUCCUGGCGGCAGCACUGGGCGAGAAGUGGGAUCGCGUGAGGAUCACCUGCAGCCAGCCCUUCAACAAGCAGGCCCAGUUUGGCCUCUCCUUCAUCCACAUCCGCACCCCGUUGGACCCGGAUCACAGCCAGGCGGCUCCAGCUCCGCCCCAGACGGGUCUCGAGCCCGCAGCCAGCCCCUGGCUUGCCAGCCCCGCCUUUCGCAGGACUUUUUUCCCGGAGGUGCAGCCGAGCAAGGGAGAGGAGGAGGAACUGAAAAGCCGACUGCAGCUGCUGGAGCCCAGCUGUGGGCCUCACCCCCGCAGCCCGACCUGUCUCAGCCGGACAGCCAGGAUGGUGCUGUCGGCCACCCAGUCGCGCAGCCGCACUCUCCAGCCGGGCCCCAGCGCCGCCUCUUUGGCCGCUGAGAGACAGGGGAGCAGCCGGGGGCAGCUGGGUGAAGAUCCAGCCGUGAGCCCUGCAGCAGCAGGCCCCGUGCAGGAUGUCCAUGACGCUCCACCCCUGAGGAAGGUCCGGAUGAAGCCAAGCAGGAAACGAAGAUCUCAAGGCACCGCAGCGAGGUCAAUGCCCAGGCCUGGCACCCAGGGAGGAAGAGCCAGGAGCUGGGGAGGAAGGCCCAGUAAGCUGGAUGAUGGUGGAGAGGCAGGCGGGGAGAUGGGCACAUGCCCCAUCUGUGCAGGCUGCUUCAGCACAGAUCUCCUUCCCGUUCACGCCUCCACCUGUGGGGAAGAUGGCUCCCUUCCAGACACAGCCUGGCCAUCCCCGCCACGGGAAGAUCCCCAGCGCGAGGAGCCCCCCGAGGCUUGGGUGCCGUGCCCCAUCUGUGAGUUCUCGUUCAGCACGGCAGAGGUGGAGAGGCACGCCAGCACCUGUGGAGAGCAGGCAGGAGCCCUGGAGACCCCCCACUCCUGGCUGUGGGUGGAAUAGGGCUGGCUGGCACACGCCCCCCUAUUCCCCCAUCAGCCCCGUAUUGAGGUAUCCCUGUAUCUGAGCCUUAAGGUCACUGCUCAGCUGGGUUGGAGCCUCCUUUGGACUGAAGAGCCAUCGCCGUCGUGGUGACAUGGGGACACAGGCCCCAUGCCACGGGCAUCCUGGAAUGCGUUCAGCCCUGGGGCAACUCGAUUGACUUCAGAAGGAUCACAGCAGGGAUGGUCUAGGAGCUGUAUGGCACAGAAUAGAACCAUGGUCCUGCCCCAAAUUGCUUACAACCUAAGCGUACGACAAGAGACAACAGACAGAGACAGACUGAAGGGGGAGCACAAAGAAACAAAAACUGUAUUAGCCAGCAUGGCAGGCGUGGGUCUCAGCACAUCAGUAGCCGGACCUCUGUCAAGUUUUUUGUCAGCCUCACAGCAAAGGAGAGUUGAGGGGGGAUUGGAAGGAGGACAAUGAUGACUCAGCCAGAGCCAGACAGAUGGACACAUUCACAUACACCUGUGAUGCAGGGACGGAUUGUUUGCGGUGUUGGUGGAGCUACAUAGGUCCCAUAUUAGAGAGAGAAGGUGCAGGAGGAGAUAUCUUUUAUAGAACCAACAUCUGGUUGGUCAGAGAGACAGGCUUUCGAGCCCCACAGAGCUCUUCUUCAGGUCUGGGAAAGGCACUUUGAGUGUCACAGCUCAAUACAAGGUGGGACAGGUUGUUAAGUAUAAGGAGUUAACACCUGUUGCAAGAGACCAUUCCAGGUGAAGUGGGCAGCUAACGCCUCUGCAGUCACAUGCCAAAGGAGUCUUAGCGGGUUAUGGGUUGUUGUAAUGAGCCAAAUCCGGUGUCUUUAUAAAAUCUGUAAUUUUUGGUGUCUAGCAAAGUUAAGAUCAUAAAAAUGGCCAGACUGGGUCAGACCAAAGGUCCAUCUAGCCCAGUAUCCUGUUUUCCAACAGCGACCAAUGCCAGGUGCCCCAGAGGGAAUGAA